CGUGAUCUCCAAGUGGAAAUCAUGUUUCCUACACCUGACUGGGUUUGUGUUGACCCAGCCAAAAAGCAAUGGAAAUGUGUUUCAGUUUGAUAACUUCAGUUAAUGAACAGUUUGAGAUCCAGUGGAUGUUGAUUCAUUGUGACCCUCAGCGACCUCAGCGAGAAACGUGCAGUGAACUUACAGCCAGGAGCUCGAUAGCCGAGACGACCAUCAGGAGAGGCCCCCCAGGUCCACAAGGCCCUCCAGGCCCCCCUGGGCCCCCAGGAGUUCCUGGCAUCGAUGGCAUAGAUGGUGACAGAGGCCCUAAUGGGCCACCAGGCCCUCCGGGUCCAGAUGGCGAUUCAGGUAAACCAGGUGUCCCUGGAAAACCAGGAAUACCAGGAGCUGAUGGACUGACAGGUCCUGAUGGAUCACCAGGUCCAGCUGGUCCGAAAGGACAAAAGGGUGAACCUGGGUUGCCUGGAGGCCCUGGACUACCUGGAAAAGGGACUCCUGGAUCUCAGGGUCCUCCUGGCAUAGCAGGACUUCCUGGAGAAGUGGGAAGAGUUGGGCCAGCUGGUGAUCCUGGAAGGAGAGGCCCUCAAGGACUACCAGGACCUCCGGGACCCAGGGGAACAGUUGGCCUUCAUGAUGGAGAUCCAUUGUGUCCCAAUGCAUGUUCCCCUGGCCGACCAGGACAUGCUGGACUAAUGGGCAUGAAGGGUCAUAAAGGAGUAAAAGGAGAAGCUGGUGAACCAGGAAAACAAGGCCACAAGGGAGAAGAAGGUGAUCAAGGAGGAACAGGUGACAUUGGAGCACCAGGGCCUCCGGGACCUUCAGGGUUAAGAGGUAUAACUGGCAUAAUGGGACCCCAAGGUGAUAAAGGUGCUCGAGGUCCUGAUGGAGAUCCUGGUCCUCAAGGCCUCCCUGGGGCACCAGGCGAUCAAGGACAAAGAGGUGCACUGGGAGAGAUGGGUCCCAAGGGGGAGAGAGGCCCUCAAGGUACAAGAGGAGUUGCUGGCCUUCCUGGACCUAAAGGGGAAAGUGGCUUACCUGGAAUUGAUGGCCGUGAUGGAAUCCCUGCCAUGCCAGGAUCUAAGGGUGAACCCGGAAAACCAGGACCUCCCGGUGAUGCAGGAGCUCAGGGAAUACCAGGUUUACCUGGCUCUCCUGGAGCAAAAGGUGUUGCUGGACUAAAGGGUAAUGCAGGUUCUCCUGGGAUACCUGGCUUGAUGGGAAAUUCGGGUAAACCUGGAGAACAAGGACCUCAGGGAGAACAAGGACCAGGUGGACCCAGAGGCCCCCCAGGUAGCAGAGGUGAGCCGGGUCCUGCUGGUCCUCCAGGCCCACCCGGGAAAAUGGGCACGGAAGGUGAAAUAGGCCUCCCAGGUUUACCUGGACCUUCAGGACUACCUGGUGCUAAAGGGGACAGGGGUUCAGUUGGUGAACCAGGGCCUAAAGGAGAACAGGGAGCUGCUGGUGGAGAGGGAGAGUCUGGACAAAAAGGCGACCUUGGUGACAUGGGUUUGCCAGGCCCUAAAGGAUCCGUUGGGAACCCUGGCGAACCUGGCCCACGUGGACCUGAAGGAAGUCGUGGUUUGCCUGGUAUGGAAGGGUUGCGGGGUCCACCCGGGCCACGUGGCUUGCAAGGUCAACAAGGUGCUCCGGGUCUGCCCGGUAGCCAGGGUCCGGCUGGCAGAGAGCCAACUGAUGCGCACAUUAAGCAGGUCUGCAUGAGGGUCAUGCAAGAACAACUGGCUCAGCUGGCCGCCAGCCUUCGGAGGCCUGAAUUUGGUGCCCCAGGCCUCCCAGGCCGUCCUGGACCACCUGGUCUUCCUGGAUCUCCUGGCGAAAAUGGUUUCCCAGGCCAGGUUGGAUCUCGGGGGCUACCUGGCCUUAAAGGCCCUCCUGGUACCAUUGGGCUGAAAGGCCCCAAAGGUGACACAGGCGAAAAGGGGGACAGAGGACUCCCUGGUCAAGGGCCCAAAGGCCUACCAGGCUCAAUAGGACUCCCAGGAGAACCAGGCAAGGCCAGCUAUGGCACCGAUGGACGAGAUGGCAUCCAAGGCCCACCUGGCACAGCUGGUCUACCUGGCGUCCCAGGCCCUCCUGGUCCUCCAGGCCCUCCUGGAUAUUGUGAGCCUUCUGCCUGCACGAUGCAAGCUGGACUGCGAGAGGGCAAGAAUGUGAAAGGGCCAUAAACAGGACAGAGAGUUAAGGAACCAUUGGAAACAAGAUGCUGCAUGUGGGGAUUUUUUGUAACAAACAGAGAAGAAACAGCAGAGGAGAAGCAUCUUGGAAAAACAGCAAGGACAAUAUCAAAGGCUUGACAGACCUCCGACGGACUGGUUGUUCCCUUCUUCAACUUGCACAAAACAAUACACGGCAACCAGAUUUUUUUAUUGUUAUUUUUUUU